UUUUAGGAUAAAAACCACUACGGGUAAUAAGGUGGCUCCUCGAUCAAACAAAAUAUGUCAUCCUGCAAAGUGACAGUGCUUCAAAUGUCUUUGAGUACCAUGAAGCAUGUAGCGGUGAUGUCUUUUUGGUUCGCGUAGGAAAUCUCAGUACUACAACUUUGUUCGUAAUUCAGGAAGGCAUUGAGAAAAUAAUGAAGUCACACCUACCUCAGGGUCUUCAACGCUGCUUUAUUCAAACUUUUUCGAAAAAAAAAACUUCAAUUAUUCGCUGUAAAACCCCUUAUGAUUCUACCUCACAUCUUUAUACCUCAAAGGCCUACCGUACCUCUUGAAGCUUUUUUGUUGUAACCUACCAUUAUCAAGAGUUGCACCAGUUCCCGCACAUGCCUGCUACUCAAAAAUCCAUAUUUUACAAGCAAAAUUUUGUCGAGAAAGCUCAAAUAUAACUCAGGAUUUUGUCUACCUCAUUUUUGUAUUUUUUUAAAUUUUUUCAAAAAUUCUAUUUUUGUAUUUUGAUAUGUUUUUUUCAAUAAAAAACUGUACUUCUUGCGAAAAU